UGAAGGAAUGCGGAGUUGGGUCCGGAAUGCCCAGGUCUCCGCAACAAUGACCCUCAGGGUCUGAAGACCCUUUAAAGAGGCCCGGAUUCCUUGUCGUCGAUCAUCCUUUAUUGCGCUCAUGGUACUCGUGCAGGCUCACAGUGUCUGAAGUCUUUAGUUGUCUUGCCACAAUCUUUUGUCCUCAACUCUACCACCAUGAAGUCAUCUUCAAUCCUGAGCACCUUGUGCAUCGUGCCUUUGUUGGCUGGAGCAGCUCCGGCAGGCCGGAUCCAUGUCCGAGAUGCUUCCAUCACAGCGGAGCAGAUCAAGACCAUUGCCCCUACGUCCAGCUCGUGCGAUAAUCCCCCAGCGGUCGGAGAAUGUGCGACUGCUGCGCAGGCAGCCCCCAAUAUCGCCAAGUCUUUCGACACGUACAGCGUCACUUCCCGUGCCGAGCAGGCGGCCGUGAUCGGGCUGAUGGCCUUUGAGAGUGGCGAUUUCAAGUACAACAAGAAUCAUUUCCCUGGCGUUCCGGGGCAGGGCACACGAAACAUGCAGUCUCCCACGUACAACUCCAAGUAUGCGGCUGAUAUACCGGCGCUGGCGGACAAACUGUCCAGUGUAUCCGGUGACCCAACGGGGGUGUUAGAUCUCUUGCUUGCGAAUGAAGAGUACGACUUUGGCUCUGGGGCGUGGUUCCUGACGACGCAGUGCUCUGCCAGCGUGCGGUCCCAAUUGCAGUCGGGAUCAGAGGCCGGUUGGACGGCGUACAUCACCAGCUGCGUGGGCACCGAUGCCAAUGAUGACCGGAAGGCGUACUGGACGCGGGCGAUCCAGGCGUUGGGCGUGAGUUCCUGAUUGCAGACACUUGACUCAUUAGAGUAGAAUACGCAUUGUUUAGAGUGAGCAGUAUACACAUAACCAUCGGCUUCCAUAGCCCAUGCCCUUCAAUUUUGCCUCUUUUUAUAAGCCCCAUUACAACACUCCCUUCGUACUAACCACAUCGCCUGCCCCAACCUCACCCUCCACCCGUCUCGUACACGCCGCCCGAAUCGCCACCGCCAACGCCUUAAACGCACUCUCCGCCCGAUGAUGAUCA